CUGACUCUAUACGGGUAGUAUAACAACAAGUACAGUAGCACUACGUAUAUUUGGAAAGAUGUAUUUUCAUCGCGUAAGAAUAUGUCUAGGUUUGGUGAUUAUAGUAAUAUAUGCGGCCCGCGUGUCCAGUUUAUCAAUCCGUCUGACGGGAGGUACCAAACCCACCCAAGGCCGCUUAGAGGUCUUCCAAGGCAACACUUGGGGGAUCCCCUGCGGGAGCACCUGGACACACGAGAACACCCAGGUCGUAUGUCGACAGCUGGGGUUUCCUGGAUCUGUCACCUUCUCCUUCAGUUCUACCGCAGUGUCUGAUGCUAAUGACGGAGGUGCCCACCCUGUUGGAGACAUUUCCUGUAAUGGAUCUGAAAGCAGUCUAUCCUCUUGUAUUACCACGUCAGCUACGUGCCGACAGGCUCUCAAUGUUGACAUUACAUGCCAGGAUUUCGGCUAUGCUGGUUGCUACAAUCAGUCGAACUUCUCACCAACAUUGACAGACGGAUCCCUGACUAACGACAUAUGCAUUGAAAGGUGCCUUGCUUUUCGAGAUGUUCAUUACGCCAUCUUGCAGAAUUCAGAUUGCUUCUGUGAAACAUCUCUGUCCGGGUUAACCCGGAAGAAUGAUUGGGAUUGCAGCGACCUUUGCGUGGGGAAUCAGGCACAUUCGUGUGGCGGACCGCAGGCUUACACAGACGUUGGAUUCUGUGGUGAUCCGCAGAAACCAACACUGGGUGACUACACUUUGGGUUCUACCCGGUAUGGAAACAUUGUCGAGUUCCAAUGUGAUAGCGGCUUCGAGCUGGUGGGAAACAGCACACUUCAGUGUCUUGGUAGCUCUGUUGAUGACCUGGACUGGAGUGGGGAAUAUCCACUGUGCGCAGAGGAAACAUUUGUAACUGUUGGUCUGGUACUUUGUGUGAUGGGUGCGUUGAUUGUGUUUCUAUCCAUGGUCUGUGCUGUGGGCUGUGAAAUUCGCAAGAAGUUGCACAAAGGUCAUGAAAGAGUUGACACAGGGUCUUUAUCCGCACCAAUGAGCUUAGCACAAGACAUACGUGUACCAAGCAUCCAGUUGAACCCCCAAACCGACAUCGCCCUGCAGCACGACCCCCCUCCUUCCACGUCGGUCGGGGUUUCAUCCUCUCCCGCUGCAGCUCCGCCCAGACCAUUGCAAAACACGGCCACAGCUCAAGCUGCUCCGCCCAGGCCAUUACAAAACACAGCCACAUUUCAAGCUACAGGGCCCCCUCCAAUUCCAGUCGGUGUACCAAGUGCCACCGCAGCAGCACCUGGAGACUACGAAGAGGUCUAUGAGGUGGUAGACGACUACGUCAGUCCAUGGGAAGAAAUCGGCGGCGGGAUGGAACUCGUCUUCGAACGCCAACCAAGUGAAGAGGAGUCAUAUGAGAUGACACCUACUGCUACACAGUCUGCAGCUGCAGCAAUAAGCGCGCAAGAUGAAAUCGGGAACGAGACAUAUCAGGAAGUCCGCUCUAACCAAGGAGACGAAGGGCAGGAUGGCUAUCUCGAAGUCCGUUCGAACCACGGAGAAGAAGGGCAGGAUGGCUAUCUCGAAGUCCGUUCGAACCACGGAGAAGAAGGGCGGGAUGGCUAUCUCGAAGUCCGUUCUAACCACGGAGAACAAGGGCAGGAUGGCUAUCCUGUUCUACCUGAUGAAGAAAAUCCCAGUGACCCAAGCAAGGAUCGACCUACUACCUACCUCGAGAUAAUCGGUGAGGGGGAUGCAUCGACCAACCAAGAUCAAAGUGAUCUGGACUACACUUACAUUGCGGACGUCAGCAACGUUGACAUUCGACCUCGACUUUGCCUACCUGAUGAGCAUACAGAGGAGGAGGAACAGCCUGAAUACGCCGAUACACUGGUCCCACCAGUCUACAGUAAUGAAAGAGCUAUGUGUCCUCGACCUCGACGCUCAGAUCUUAACAAAUAGAAAGCAACAACUGCAGAUAACCUUAUUUUUUCUAAUUAUUGUUCGGUUCCCUUUAAAGCCCCUCUAAAGUGUUGGGAGCCCUGCAAAAUAGCCAACGCGAAGAUUUGAAGGCAAAAUUUCACUAACAAUGUAUCAUUGUGUGACAGAGGAUGUCAUUUAAGAAACACUUCUGCAAAUAUUUCCCCUAAAACAGGUGUUCGAAGACAAAUAUUGAUCAAAGAAUACAUAUUUUGGGUUUUCUCUUGUACGCCAUCGAAUUGUGGGGCUCACUUUAGUCUCGAUUUCAACCGAUCAUUGAAUAUUGUAAAAUCGCCUAUGCUUCCAGUGUGUUCAUUUCUCUCUCU